UCCAGUUAAUGACAUGGUCAUUAUAUCAGCCAGACCAAAAGAAAGGAGACUUGCAGAAGGAAUCAGAAGCAACUUGUAUAAAGGAGUUAUCUGCCCUCUGCCAGACAUCUCCACUCUGAAAGUUCAGGAGGCGUACCAUGGACUUAGUGCAGACGAAGCUCCCAUGAUCACAGCAAUGGCUAUCUCGAGUGAUGUACCUCUGAUUGAGUCCAUGUUCGGUCCGGUGCAGGAGGGAAGUGUGCUUUCCUAUCAGCUACCAGUAAUGGCAGUCCCCAGUACCCGUCCACACACAGGUGCCCCUUCUCCCCCACAGCUGCCACUCUCGGAUUACAGACUGGGACCCCCUACCUGUGCAUUUGUGUUUUCUGAACAUCAGCACCAUCAUCUGGCAUCCCUUGUGACAUCUUUUGAGACGGCACACAAAGUUGAAAAAAGCACGCGAGAGCAGAGUUCCUGCGCUGAGUGGCACCAACUAAGGAGGUGCCGCAUCACCUCUACUAAAUUUAGAGAAGUUUGCCACACCAGGGGGGAAAGCUCUGCUGAAAACCUGGCAAAAAGGCUUCUGGGAUCUUGCCAUCAGACUGCUGACAUGCGGCAGGGUCUUGCCCUGGAGCCUGUAGCAGUAGAGAAGUACUGCAAGGUGAGGGAAGUCAACCACUACCCAUGUGGGUUCCUGAUCCACCCUGACUCACCAUGGAUGGGGUCAACACCUGAUGGGCUUGUGUACGAUCCUGAGGGGCAGCCAGUGUUUGGCCUGUUAGAAAUUAAAUGCCCAAAUGUAACUAGCUAUGUGGACUGCCCUUAUGUUGUGAUAAAGGAGGGUACACAUACACUGAGGCGAACCCAUCCUUAUUACUGGCAAGUCCAGGGACAAAUGUUGAUUUCUGGCUGUGACUGGUGUGACUUUGUCAUUUACACAGAAGAUGACAUGUUCAUUCAGAGAAUUCCCCGUGACAUGCAAGUCAUACAAACCAUUAAAGAAAAAAGUUGA